AUGCCUUUUUCAGGCCUGCUACCGCUGGAAUCGCUGCCUCCACCAUGGUACAAGCAGCGGCUUCCAGAUUCAGACAAUGACGAUCAUCCCGACUCCUCCACAAGCCAUGAAUUUCUUGCUGGCGCCUCCACUCCACUACACGUGAAUCCAUCUAAACUGGUGAUGAUGAUCUCGCCCAUGAAAAAGCUCGAUAAGCUACAUUUGACCCAAGGGGAGUUGGGGCCAAUCGAGGCCUCUGAUGAUGAAGAAAAUAGCCUGGCUUGUGCCGGUAAUCAGACCAUAUUGACUGACUACAGCAGUGAUCUGGACCUUGAAGAAAGACCCCCUCCCAUGUUUGUUCGCAAAAGAAAGCACGAUUCCUCACUGGACAUGAUUAUAACGCCUGCUUUCAAUUAUGUCAAGAUCAAAUCCUCGGACCUACCUACUUCUAGAGACUCGUUCGUGGAUCAAAACUCAUGCGAGUCUCUCCUGAAGAUCAGUUUCUCUACGUCAUACUCGACUCCAUGCCCGAUACAGCCUAGAAAGAAGCUCAAGUUAAAGGAUGACUCAACGCCCUCACAUCCCCUGCGUCUCAAGAAGCCUUUACUCAACCUCUCCUGCUCAACGAAGGUUUCUGCUGGUUCAGAGCCUCUCAUAGACAAACUCAACAACGCGGGCGAUGAGGACUCCUUUGGGGAUAACUCAGUUGAGGAAGAACCUGAACGCAACCCUGCUCAAUCCACUCCGAUAAGUCAGUCAACUCCAGCCAAUUCGCGUGCCCCUUCGCCGUUCACAGAGGAUACUUCUGGCAGUGUUAAUGGAUUCUCCUUCGUCAAACCUAUCCCAGACAUCCCAUUCAAGUACGAGACUCCCCAGACCCGUCCAACUUCUGCAUAUCCAUCCUUCAACCCUUCGCAACAGCUCAAGAAUGCCUAUAACAAUAAUGAUUUUGCCGAAGCCACAGGCGGGAAGUACGAGGUAGUCGGAAAAUUUCCUAUGUCUGCUGCUGGAUUGAUGGAUGAGGGAGAUGAAGAUCUUCAUGUCGGGGACAAACUUGAGGAUGGCGACAAAGUUAGCACUCGAGACGCUUACCUCUCCAGCAACGACAAAUUACCCUUACUUUUGCAUUUUGAGUGUGAGCUUUCUAAACAAGAAAUGCUUGACCUCAUUCAGGAUUCUAAAUCCGUUUCUGCAUUUUACGACUAUAUUUCGGAGCCCAACACAUUGAUGACGUUACUCAAGAAAGAGCGUCUCCGCUGGCACCCUGAUAAGUGGGUUUCCCGUUACGAAUCCUCUCAGUUUGACGAGGAAGUAAUCCGGAGUUUAAGUCAAGUCAUCAAUGCUCUUAUAGAAACCUCAUAG